AUAUCUAUGAAAAAAAGUUCUAAUUGAUCAACAAACUUGUACAAUCUUAAAGAUCGGACUAGAGACGAUCGUCCUCCAGAUGCUAACAGUCUUAGCUGACAGUCUACGCAAUGCUCACGGGGUACAAAAUUACUUCAAUGAAGAAAUUUGUCCCCCUUUUGGCGUUCAUUUCCUAUGUCAAAGGCGCCGUCAAAUCUAACCAGACGCAACUCUACAUAGACCUAUUUCAAAAUUACAACAAAUACAACCAUCCCACUCUCAGAGGGGCUGAUCCUGUCAAAGUGGUGUUUGAUUUCCAACUCAUUCGCAUAAUCGAUGUGAGUGCCAAAGACCAGUUCAUCAAGCCUUAUGCCUGGGUAAACCAGUAUUGGAAUAAUCCUCAGCUUAGAUGGGAUCCCAAAAAGUACAAUGGAAUCAAAGAAAUUCACAUACAGCCAUCUGAUGUAUGGGUCCCUGAUAUCCUUUUGUACAACAAUGUUGAUGAAGAAGACCGUUUUGCCGGUGGAAAGUACACUUAUAAAACCAACAUUGCCCUGAAAUACGACGGAAACAGCACAUGGCUCAGCCCCGCCAUUUUCAAAAGCAUUUGUAAAGUAGACGUGACCUAUUUCCCGUUCGAUGAGCAGGAUUGCUCGCUGAAAUUUGGCUCCUGGUCCUUCGACAGCUCAAAAGUAGAUCUUCACACACACAGUGGAAGUAUGUUGAACAACAAUUAUGUCAAGAACGGAGAAUGGAAGUUGACGCUUUUGAAAUCUCAGCGAAAUAAACAGAAAUAUCAAUGCUGCUCGCACGAAUUCAUUGAUGUUACGAUACAAAUGCAACUUCAGCGAGAAUCACUGGAUUACAUCCUAAAGUUGAUCAUUCCAUGCUCGCUGAUUUCUUCCAUGAUAUUUUUGGGUUUUGUCCUUCCGCCUGAGUCAGGUGAACGAAUCGGACUGAGUAUCACAGUUCUGUUGGCAAUGACUGUUUUUCAGCAACUCAGCUCCGAGCUCAUGCCUUCGUAUGGAUUUCCACUGCUUGGGCAAUACUACUUCGCCUGUAUGAUCGAGAUAGGCGCCUCCCUGGUUGUCACUACUCUCAUAUUAAACUUUUAUCACCGUAACAGCCGACGAAUGCCAAGAGUUCUAAGAGUUGUGAUAUUAAAAUGGUUGGCUCGAGUUGUUUUCCCAAAAAGGAGUGCCAAAGACUGGGAAGUGAUUUCAACAAAUGUGGAAGCACCCAAUUGCAAGUCAACUGCGAAUGGCAACGAAGAAGAGGGCAGCUCUGACAGCGAGCAAGCUUCGCUUUUCGUUGCCGAAUCGCUUUUGAAGCACGACGAAUCAAAGGUUUAUUCCACGUAUUCCGAUCCGUGGAUCCCAUUGGAAAAAAAAAAUAACUUUGGUUUACCGGCGAACGGCAUAUCACACUACCAGAAUACAAAUGGUCGAGCUUACGGCACCAUAUCGGGAAACAGAACCAGGCAUUCCAGGUACAAAAGAAAAACGAGUUUUCCAAACUCCAAAAUGGACACUCGAAGAAAGACCUCAAGGAAUCAUGGUUGCACUCAUCACCAGAGCCCUGAGAAAAGAGGCUCGUCCAUCGGUGCUACAUCCAUUUUUUUCGAUCUUUUUCAGGAUACGGAAGACUCGGAACUUUCUCCACAGAUGUUAAAGAAUCAAAAGGAGUGGAUUAAGGCGGCACGUGUAUUGGACAGACUGUUUCUGAUUAUCUCCAUCUUGAUUGGUGUAACUACUCUCUUUGGCUUGUUUCUAAAAGCUCCAAGGUUUCAUUGAGCGAACUAAACAACGGCUGUUCGUGAAGUGCUUGUGCAGUUUCUAAAAAAUAAAAACACGUCACAAAAUUGCUUUGCACAGCAAAUACUGCAUGCUUUCCUUGCACUCAACGAAAGAGAAAAAGGACUUUAUCGAGUUUCUUCUGCAUCAAGAAAGUAGCUCUUCACUUUGAAAGAAGAAAGAAAGCAUUAACUCAUUUGCUCGUUCCAUUUCAGACUUAAACAAAACAAAGGCGUCCUCUCUUUUGUUAUGUUGUCUUUUUUGAAUUCUCUUAAAUGAUAUAUGAAAAGCAUUUGAAAUUAACUUCUCUGCGAUUCAGUCGCGGAUUUGAUGCUGCUGCAGGUUCGCGUCCUGCCUUUAAAAGAGUUAGCUCUACGAUUCCAUCCAGCGAGCAAGGGAAUAUGCGUGUUUAAGGGAAAGUAAAUGAGUCAAAGGGUACCCACUUCUUGCUCGGCGAAAUAGAAGUAAGCUUGAAUUAUUAAGGGAACGUUGAAAAACGGAGACAAAUUAUGUUGUCUAUUGACUGGAAAAGGAUGUCAGUUGAGUUUAUCACGAAUA